UGUUCUCGCGAGAAGAUAUUUCGCCCCCAAAGUAAUGGACGUCGGUGGCAACGGUGGUGGGCUACCUGUUAACAACAAACAGAGAGCCAUGAUACCAAAUAAAAGCAGGGGCGAAUUUACCCGCAACCCAAGAAAGGACUCAGAGGGGCUGUCUGAGUCUCCAGACCUGGAGUUUGAAUAUGCAGAUACAGACAAGUGGGCUGCAGAGCUGUCAGAGCUCUACAGUUAUACCGAAGGCCCUGAGUUUGCUCUUAAUAGGAAGUGUUUUGAGGAGGAAUUCAGAGCACAUGUGUCUGAGAAGAAGUGGACAGAGCUCGAUGAAGACCAGCACAGAGCUCACGCUAUGCGCCUGUUGGAUAAUCUGGAGGUUAUUGCUCGGGAGAAGAGGCUGAAGGUUGCAAGGGCCAUUCUGUACAUGGCUCAAGGAACCUUUGCUGAGUGCGGCUCUGAGGCUGAGGUGCAGCACUGGAUGAGAUACAACAUCUUCCUUCUCUUGGAUGUGGGGACCUUCACUGCUCUGGUGGAACUACUGAACAUGGAGAUUGAUAACAGCGCUGCCUGCAGUAGCGCUGUGAGAAAACCAGCCAUUUCUCUUGCGGACAGCACAGAUCUUAGGGUGCUGCUCAACAUAAUGUACCUGAUGGUGGAAACAAUUCAACAGGAUGACCUGGCUGACAAACCCGAAUGGAAAAUCAUCAGGGAAACGUUCAGAGCAGAACUGGGAUCUCCUUUGUACAACAAUGAGCCCAUUUCUGUCAUGCUCUUUGGUAUGGUGACCAAGUUCUGCAGCGGCCAUGCCCCCCACUUCCCAAUGAAGAAAGUGUUAUUACUAUUGUGGAAGAGCAUACUUUUCACACUUGGAGGCUUUGAGCAGCUCCAAAGCAUAAAGGUUCACAAGCGUGAGGAGUUGGGUCUCCCGCCUCUCCCGGAGGACUGUAUCCGGGUUAUCCGUAGUAUGAGAGCUGCUUCUCCUCCUGCUUCUGCAUCUGAUCUUAUAGAGCAGCAACAGAAACGGGCGCGCCGUGAACACAAGGCUCUAAUCAAACAGGACAACAUGGACGCAUUCAAUGAAAAGGACCCGUACAAAGCUGACGACUCGCGCGACGACGAGGAAGACAGCGACGACAACGACAACUCCAUAGAGGCAGAGACGUUCCCACUAGAGAGGGACGAGGUGAUGCCUCCGCCCAUUCCUCACCCCCCGUCAGAGAGGAUGUCCUUCCCCAAAGGUCUGCCAUGGGCUCCCAAAGUCAGGGAAAAGGACAUUGAAAACUUCCUGGAAUCUAGUAGAAGUAAAUUUAUUGGUUACACACUUGGGAGUGAUACAGAUACAAUUGUUGGCUUACCCAGGCCAAUUCACGAGAGCAUCAAGACAUUAAAGCAGCACAAGUACAUCUCCAUUGCUGAGAUGCAGAUCGCAAAGGAGGAGGAGUUUCAGAAAACCCCUCUGUCUGUCGGUGAAGAGGAAGUGGAGAUGUGUGCCACAGAGCUGCUCUAUCAGGGAAUUCUACCCAGUUUGCCACAGUACAUGAUCGCUCUGCUGAAGAUCCUGCUCGCAGCAGCUCCAACCUCCAAGGCCAAAACAGACUCCAUCAACAUCCUGGCAGACGUGUUACCAGAGGAGAUGCCGACCACAGUGCUGCAAAGCAUGAAACUAGGUGUUGAUGUCAAUCGACACAAAGAGAUCAUUGUCAAGGCGAUCUCUGCGGUCCUGCUGCUGCUUCUCAAACACUUCAAACUGAACCACAUCUACCAGUUUGAGUACAUGGCUCAACACCUGGUGUUUGCCAACUGCAUCCCCCUCAUUCUGAAGUUCUUCAACCAGAACAUCAUGUCUUAUAUCACAGCAAAGAAUAGCAUUUCAGUACUUGACUUCCCUUACUGUGUUGUGCAUGAGCUCCCGGAGUUAACUGCAGAGAGUCUGGAAGCGGGAGACAACAAUCAGUUUUGCUGGAGGAAUCUGUUUUCCUGUAUUAACCUGCUGAGGAUUCUCAACAAACUGACCAAGUGGAAACACUCCAGGACUAUGAUGUUGGUUGUGUUUAAGUCGGCUCCUAUCCUGAAGAGGGCACUGAAGGUGAAGCAGGCCAUGAUGCAGCUCUACGUCCUCAAGCUGCUCAAGGUGCAGACCAAGUACCUGGGACGUCAGUGGAGGAAGAGCAACAUGAAGACCAUGUCGGCCAUUUAUCAGAAGGUCCGACAUCGCCUCAACGACGACUGGGCUUAUGGAAAUGAUUUGGACGCUCGUCCCUGGGACUUCCAGGCCGAGGAGUGUGCUCUGAGGGCCAACAUCGAGCGUUUCAACAGCCGCCGCUACGACAAGACCCACAACAAUCCAGACUUCCUGCCCGUGGACAAUUGUCUCCAAAGUGUUCUGGGCCAGAGAGUGGACCUGCCGGAGGACUUCCAAAUGAACUAUGACCUUUGGCUGGAGCGGGAAGUCUUCUCCAAACCUAUUUCCUGGGAAGAACUGCUACAGUGAGCAUUAUUGACUUUGAUUCAGGAGUUUAGAGAAAUCACCAUCACUGGUUGCAUUGAUCAGACCUCAGUGAAUGCAUUGUGUUGCAUGUCAUGCACAGAUGCCAUGGAUUUCCACCGUCACGUUGGAUCAGUGUGAGGUUAUGGUUUGACCGGGGGCCGCAACCAAAUGUUUUUCAAGAUAAACUUAGGUCGGUCUGGGUCAUACUUUCCACAUCCACGUGUGCGCAGAGGUCCACUAGAGUCAGUGUGAUGUAAAUCCUGUCAUCUGCCCAGUAUAGUACAGUGUUUCCAUCGUGGUAUGGUUCGGUUUGGUACGGUAUUGUCGCGUUUCCGUCAUGGUACAGUGCGGUUUUGUUGAGUACGGUACGGUUUGGAAUGGUAAAGCCCUCAGUCAGGCUUGCGUUUCGACUGAGAAGAGUACCUGUACACGGUAGGCAGGUUGUUCACCGUGCCCGAUGGCACGGUCCUAUUCCUAAUGGAAACGCAAAAAAAUGCAUACCGUACUGUACCAAACUGAACUGUUCCUUCCGAUGGAAAGAAGUCUGCACAUGCAGUGUGUGCUGAGUCCAGUUACCAAGUCCAGCGAAGGAGACAGUAACCAUGGAAACUGAGCUAGAGAGCGCAUGCGUGGAAUGCUAAACUGACACGCACCCUCGUGUUCGAAUGGAACCAUUGGAAAUGCUCUGCGGAUUUGUGGAACGUGGAAAGUAUUACCCAGCCCUUAUCCUACACUAAUGGCGUGUUUCCACUAGCGCGCCUCGUCUCACCUCGGCACGGCACAGUUAUUUUUUACUUUUUCAUUAGCGAUAGUACCUGGAACUUUCUCAGGUUGCUCGGGCGAGGUUCCAAGCGAGCUGAGCUGAUACUAUGCGUGACAGCGUCACAGGAAGAGGCUCAAGAAUCAAAGCGAACAAUGCCGAACUGUAAAUCUUGAACAUGUGGGUUAAACUCCCAACAUUUAGCAAGGAAAUGUCUAAAAUCUCAAAACAGAAGAUUCUGGUGUAGUUAGUGACAGCACUGCUAAAAGCCGGCGAUCGCGAGUGUUCAGUGACUGUACUGAACAAAUCUUUUUAAUCAACUGAUUCUAAUGAUUCAGUUCCAUCGAAAACGUCUGCUUUACAAGUCACUAGUUUGUUUUUGUCGCGUUUAAAACAAAGUCACAGCAGCCGUGCUGUGAUGACUCCACCCACGUUUAGCAUGGAAUGGAAAACCAAACGGUGUCAAGCCGAGGUGAGGCGAGGCGGUACUAUAUAGUGGAAAAACACCAUAAGGAAAACAAAUCUAAAUCAAAGUGCUAAAUCUUAAACUCCUACCUGAGAUUUACAGGUGUUUGCUCUAUAUGUCCAUGUGCCUCUUAACCUGCUACAGAGGAUCAGUAAACCUCAACCUCAAAGCACUACAUGACAGUGCGUCAACUCUUGACUUUAAAACAAAAUGUAUUUGGAUUUUUUUUUUUUUAUUAAAAUUGUGGAGGAAAAAAAUGGCAGGGAUCAACAUACAGCAAAGUUAGAAAUAAAUACUGUACUUGUAAACCUUUUAAAAUCUUCCUCCUUCAGAGGGGUAAUGGGACGAAGAGAGUUUGUUUUUUUAGUCUGGAUUUCUGUUUAUACAAAUAUAAACAUAUUUACUCUGUUCUAGUGAUUUUCCUAAAGGAGACAUACUUGUGUUUACCUUUUUUGUGCUGUUAUAUUUGCAGAUGAUUUAAAUGUUGUCUGUAUUUUAUUGUUAAUUUAACUGAGGACUGCCUACACAUCUUUUCCCUGGGACCAUUCACAGACAUCACAACAUACAGGCUUGAAUUUUUACAUUACUUUGCAUUUCUACAUUUUAAGUAUUUUUAUUUUACUGUGUUUAAAACUGGUUGCACAUUGCCAUAAUUUGAACGUUUGAAAGAAAAUGAAUAAUUUGAGAUUUGAGAUCUGUGACCAUAAGGGGGGAAAUAACUGAAAUUGCCAGUGACGGAACCAUUUCCAUUUGUUAUUUUCUACUUUUGGACGUUGUUUUUGUUUUAUUAUCAAGUUUAAGGAAAUGAGAAUACAUGUAAAUCGGGGGAACGUAUUUAUCACAGCUUUGCGUGGUUUAUAUUGACUUAAAUACUGUAAUAAAGAUAUACUGCCAUUCAUGUUA